AUGGAUACGAUUGAAAGUGCUGGUUGUGUACAGUUUAAACCACUAUCCGAAAAAACAGAGAAUGCCACGUGGCUACAUAUAACUAAUCCACAUAAACAACGAGACUGCGUCCACCAAAUGAAGUCAACAGAUGAGAAAGAGAUUGUGGCAGUACUAGGAUAUGAUUGUCUUAAAGAUAGUGAUAUACUGCAUGUCUUGCUCCACGCUGUCGGUUUAAGAGACGAAGUCACGCAUCCGCAGCGAGAUCGGUUUAUAAGAGUGCUUUGGAAUAAUAUCAGACCAGAACAUCGCUCACUAUAUCGGCUGCAAGUUCAGGACGCUUCAAAAGUUCUAUCGGAAUAUGAUCCAUUAAGCAUAAUGCAUUUUCAUGAUAGAGCAUUCAGCAGCAACGGACAAGCAACGAUUGUGCCCUUGGUACCUGGACUAAUGAUAUCACCUUCGAAACAAUUAUCACAACUAGAUGUUAUGAAACUUCGAUUAUUGUUUGAACACGAAUGUAACAAACGAAAAGUAAGCAAUCUAUUGGACUCCUGUAAAAGCGCGUUUCAUGAAAAACUUAAAGGGUCUAUGCAUCAUUCGAUAAAGUUUAAGGGUAGCAGCAGUGAGAGUGAUCAAAGCGCUAUUGAUUUGCUUGAUGACAUGUUUGUGGAAAUGCCUGAUGAUAAAAAAACCCAUGAAAGUCAAAGUGAUAAUAUAGAAGUUAGUGACAAAAAAGAACAAGCUAAAAACAAUAGAUAUGAAGACACAGAUAAUGAUGACGAUGAAAGUAAAAAAUAUAAAGUUGAUAGUGACGAUCGAAAUACUGAAGGACAAAACAAUGACGUGCAAAGUGACAUAGACCAAAAUUAUGAAGACAUAAUUAAUCAAAAGAAAAAUGAAAAUUUUAGUUAUGGUGAAGACGAAAAUAGAGAUAUAAGCGAAGACAAUAAUCUCAGUAACGACGAUGAAGACGAAACAAAAAUUUUACGUUCUAAGAAUCAUAAAAAACAAUUCUACCGAGGUAACGCUAAGAAGAUAGAGUCCAUACAUUUAAAACCUGUCAAAAAGAUAUAA